CUCAUUUCAAACAUAGACGAUCUUUGCGACAUUAAACAUGGCAGACACAACAACUAAACGUGAACCUGACGGUGUUGGACCUGAUGACUUAACUCUCAAAGUAAAGAGGGCGAAAACGGACUCCGAGAACGGAGGAGGAGAAGUUGGAGAGGAAUCUGAAACAAAUGUUCUGUCUGGCUUCCAAACCUCCGCCGUGCUGAGUGACUCUGCCCGGGAGAAAAACAUCUUUAUCCGGGGAAAGCUUGCUGAUCAGGAUGCUGUGGUUAUCCUGGAGAAGACUCCCAUCAGAGAGGACAGCCUGGCUGAGAUCUUCAGUGGCUCCAGGCUGAAGCUGGAGAUGAAGAACGACAUCUACAGCACAUACCGCCUCCAGCCUCCCACUCAUCUCAAUGAGGUCAAGACUACAGUGGUGUGUCCGGCCACAGAGAAGCAUAUAAAGAAAUACCAGCGUCAGGAGAGUUUCCUGGUGGAGGAGACGGGCGAGGACUAUCAGGCCAUCACUCUGCCCUACAUUCAGAAGCAGAGUUUUAGCGUGCAGUGGGUACACAACAUCCUGGAGAAGAAAGCAGAGGCUGAUCGGAUAGUUUUUGAAGAUCCAGAUCAGAAGGUUGGCUUUGUCCUCCUGCCGGAUUUCAAAUGGGACCAGAAACAGGUGGAUGAUUUAUACCUGAUUGCCAUAGUACAUCAGAGGAACAUCAAGAGUCUCAGAGAUCUGACGUCAGAGCAUCUGCCACUGCUUCAAAACAUCUUCCAGAAAGGAAAGGAGACCAUCCUGCAGCGCUUCAACCUGCCAGCCAGUAAGCUGAGAGUCUACCUGCACUACCAGCCCUCUUACUACCACCUCCACAUCCACUUCACCAAGCUGGGCUACGAGGCGCCGGGCUGCGGCGUGGAGCGUGCCCAUCUCCUCGCAGACGUUAUCCAAAACCUCCAGGCUGACCCGCAGUACUACAAAACCAGAACCCUCUACUUCCCCCUGAGGGCGGACGACGGAUUGCUCAGCAAGUUCAAGGAGGCGGGGAGGCUGUGACGUACUGUGCAGUUCACACUCGUUCCCCGUUUGUAGACUCCCGUCCAAACUGUGGAAACUGAGACUCAAUCCAAGCAUCUUUUUUUGGGUUUUAGUUUCCUCUGGUUUAGCUACAAACAUUAUCUCUCUGCAAGAGAUUUUUCUAUUGGUGUCGAUUCAUAACUUAAAUUAUAAUAAUCCAGAACAAACAAUUUCAUUAAAUGCUGUUUCACACUGUAACUGAUAAGUAAUCAGCAAAUUCCUCUGCUUAUUUUAUACAUGUUUGGAUGUAUCAAUUGCACAUUUUUCAGUCUGGUUCCUCACCAAGGUGUUUUAAUAAUCAUUUUGUAUACUUCAGUUUUCAUUAUAAUUAGGAGUGGAUGUGACACAAGUGGAUAAAUGAAUUCUCUGUUUAAUCUGUUUUUAAUGUGUUUUCUAAACGUUGACUAAAUUAAAGAGUCAUUUUUUUCUAA